AUUUUUAUAAUAUACUUGUCUUUCUUUUCUCCACAAUUAAUCACCUGAUCUGAUCCGAAGAGAUGGCUAAACAGAUGACAUCAAUUGACACAUCAAUCGAAACCACAGAUGACGGCAACAAACAAAAGCCUAAGUUAUACGCAAAGGACUCAAUGGACAGAUACGGCGACGACUUGUGUCAACUCAUGUUAUCUCAUCUCUCAUUCAAAGACUGUUUUCGUUACGAAAGUGUGUCCAAACAGUUCCGGAGGACUGUCUUCGGCAAUGUUGUGGACAUCACUAUUACCGACAAAUUUAUACAGCAAUUACUGAAUGACGAGACAAAUGGCACUCAAUUGUUGGCCACAAUCGCCAUAAAGUGCGCAAAUAUUGAGACCAUUGACUGUCGAGGAAUAAGCAACAGAUAUGAAGAACACAUUCCCGAAGUAUUGGACAUAUUUCGCGACAAUUGCGUGCAUUUACAGGACAUUCAUUGCAAUCUAUUGCCAAAAAGUGGUCAAUUGUUGGCUGAAUUCGGACCACUGGUCACCAUCGGUAAUAUUGUAGGAAUCGGACCACCCUACAAUAUCGUGUACUUUAGAGACUAUGCGGCGGUCAAUGUUUGUCACCGAUUGUCACACUUGCGGCUCAAGUGUUCGCUUCACGACGUGUUUGACACCAAUUCCGACAUAAGAUUUGUGAAAUCUGUGCGCAAACUUGAGUUACACUCGGAUUACACAGUGAUUGUCGAUAACGACCGUUGGUCAGCAUUUGUGGCCCACAAUCAGUGCCUCCAGAGUCUGGCCGUAAAGAGUUAUUGGUUUUUAGCCGCCAAGGAGUUGACCAAAUGGGGCCGACAAGUGUCACGAUUAGCGCAAUUACGGCAAUUGACUGUCGGUAUGGUAUUGGGUAUACCGGGUGAUGUACCGGACUCAUCAGUGGUACCAUGA